AUGGAGAAGUUGGAGUCUAAAACUGUUUAUUUUCUGGUGCAAUUUGUUGGAGAUGGGCCGGGACAUGGCAUGUAUGAAGUGAAGAUAGAAGGAGGACAAAUCCUGGGAAAAAUUGGAGGACCACUUGAUCUUGUAGGAAAGUUUUUUGAUAGGAGUGAUCCUGAGGUUCCCAAGGAUUAUCUCUUGAGUGCUACCAGGUUCGGCAGCUGCUCUAAGUUGUAUUUAUUGCAACACGUAGGGGAUGACGGUUGGUGGCUCAGGCAGAGCAGCACCCGCAGCCACGAUGCAUAUAAAGGACGGGUAUUUGACACAGUGAGCAAGAGUUUGAUGCCGUUCAAGCUGCCUAAAGUUAAGAAAGAGGCACUUUUGAUUUCAGCUUAUGGCAAGCUUUAUCACAUUGCACAUCCAUCAACGCAUAUGCCAGAACCCUCUUUUGAGGUAUAUGAUCCAGAUACCGGCUCCUGGACCACGCUCUCUACAUUCCCUGACAAUCGUUUGUCUCACAUUGAUGGUUAUGCUGUUUGUUACGACUGUAUUUUGAUGUCUAUAGAUGACCGAGGUAACUUCUGGGUAUAUCAGGUGACUUUGAAUCAAUGGAAACGAGUUAAAAUCCCAACUGACAGAGACUCAAAUGAUUAUUAUCCUUUCCAUGGUAGAGCUGUGGUUGUAGGCCGUACUAUAUACGCCUUAUCUUUAUACGGGGAUGUUAUGGCAUAUUCUCUGAUGAUGGAAGAGUUGGCUGAUGGUAGUAUCAACUACUCUCUGGACAAACCAGUCUGGUUGCAUGGCUUGCGUAGUCUUUUUUUCAGGGAUGCCAAAUGUGAGCCAAUAAGAACAGAGUGUUUGGUUCAUUUGGGGGGCUUGAACUUUUGCCUUUUGCAAACUGUCGAACGAGAUUUUAGUUUCCAACGAGUGUGGAUCACUAUUUUUGAUGUUGUUUCCAGUGGAGGAAUAAAGCGUAUACGUACUCUAGGUAGUACUAUGCGUAAAGUGGCUAUUAAGGGUCUGGGUUGUUUCUUCAUUGAAUCUGGAUUCUGUCUAGAGUGUGAAGAUUUAGAACCCAAAGGGAGAGAUACUAUGACUACCGCUAGGAAUAUGCAGCCAACUGAUGCUCCUCGAUUGCACAAGCAUGAAAAGGCUACACUCAAGAUUUUAAGGAGGCAGAUUCGCAGACAGAAAAGAAAGAUGAUGAAUCAAAGGUCAAAGAGUUUUGAUAUCUAUGUCCAGAAGUUGAUCACUCAUCCAUAUGCCAAAGAUUUUAAGCAAUGCAUGAAUGAGUUCCAAGAUAUACAUAUGCUCGACGGACAGAAACGCUUGAUGAGGCCACUAAGAGUGGUAACAAGACAUGCAGAUUUCGGUCCUUAUCGUGGUUGGAUGAGAACGAUAAGAAACAGCAGGGCUACUCAUUUAAAGAAGGCUUUGCCAAAAGGGGCGGGUGAAGGAGAACGGUCUACAUUCAGAGAAGAGGACAUUGACACAUUGAUCAAAUUCUUGAGAAACAUCAAUGAGCAUAGAGGGAAAACUAGGGACCAAGUUGACAAGUACUUCCAAGCUGUUUAUAAGGAAGUUAAGAGACUAUUUCCAGGAUUGUUAUCUGUGGUUCAUGAGAAGAUUAGGAUACGGAGGGGUACCUAG